AUGGUGGAGCUCUUGUUCUAUCUGUCAGCGCACGCGCUGACUGUGUUUCUUGCAAGGAAGGGCGGCAGCAAUGGGGGCCACGUGGCACCUGUGUAUCGCCAUAUCGGCACCAGAUCUGAACUGGUGGCUGCGCAACACACAAGAUUGGCCAGCCUGGCGCGGCGUUCAGACCAGCUGCAAGCGAGGCAGCAGGAGCUGCAGCAGUCGCACGCGUGGCAGAUGGAACAGGCAGCGCAGCUGGAGCGAACCAUCCGAAGCCUCGAGCUGCGCAAUGUGCCAGUAGCAGCAGCAGCAGAACCUGUGGUAGAGGGUGUCAAGGCAGUGAACAGGCAGCUGCAACAGCUUUCAGCAAGCUUGGAGACGGAUGUCCCUAAGCUAGCGGAUCUGACUGGCCGAUUCUUCGCCCGGAACUCCAGAGCCACAGGGCAGGAGCAGCAAGGAAGCAGUGAAGCAGGCAGGGAGUCCGGCCAGGAACCCUGCGACACCAGCCGUGUGUGCGAUGGUGCUGGUGCUGAUGAUGGGGGUGGCGUGAGUGGUGGUGAUGAUGAGGACGGAGGAGAUGGUGCUAUGGAACUAGGGAAUGGCAAGGCGGGUUCAGGAGAAUCAGGGCCGGCAGCAGGAGUGGCAGGAGAGGGAGGUGGAGGAGGAGAAGGAGGAGGAGGGGGCAUAGAUGGUGGUGGCAGUGGUGGUGGUGGUGGUGGUGGCACUGGCAAUGGUAGUGAGCUGUUGUUGAUCCGUUCAGAGGUUAUUGGGAACCACAUCGCGGCCUUGGCAGCACUGCAACCCGCAUUGCAGCAACUGGCCGACUCAGUACAAGAAGCAGGCCCCUCGCACUUCUUCUUCCCCCCUCCAGAAGCGCCCACUGCAGGAGCAGGAGGAGCAGAUUCAUCAGGACAGGGGGGAACGCCAGCAGCAGCAGAGGCAGGAGCAGCAGCCGCAGCAGCAGCAGCGGAAGGGGGGUCAGGAGGAGGGAGGGUGGCGGCACCCCGCCCUUCUGGGGAGGUGAGUGACUUCUCUGCGGACCCUCUAUUCCCCUGUACUGACUGCUCUACCUCACUCCCUCCCCCAUUCCCGUCCUCCUCCCCCCUUCCCCCCUAUCCCUCCCCACCAGACAUGGAGAAGCAGAUCUUCCACCCCAGCCUUUGCAGCGGACCCCUUAUCUCACUCGUUACCCCCCAUCCCCUCUCCCGCCUUCUCCCACCAGACACGGAGAAGCAGAUCUUCCACCAGGUGCUCAAGGCCACCCCGGACUUUGCAGCGGAUCCCUUAUCCCCCUGUACUAUUUCCCUCUCCCUCCCUUCCACCCCUCCCAACUCCCCUCCUCCCUCCUCCCCCCAUCGUUCUCCCCAACCAGACACGGAGAAGCAGAUCUUCCAUCAGGUGCUCAAGGCGAAUCCCGACUUUGCACCGGACCCCUGGCCCUCCCCACUCAUCUCCCCUCCCCACUCACUACUUUCUGCCAUCUCCCCCUCCCCCCCACCACCAGACACGGAGAAGCAGAUCUUCCACCAGGUGCUCAAGGCGAGUCCUGACUUUGCAGCGGACCCCCUAUUCCCCUGUAACGACUGCUCUUCCUCUGCCUGCCCCUCCCUCCCCCCACCACCAGACACGGAGAAGCAGAUUUUCCACCGGAUUUGCCUCCUCUUCUCUCCUCUUCUCUCCUCUCCUCUUCUCUCCUCUUCUCUCCUCUCCUCUCCUCUCUUCUUCUCUCCCCUGCGUUACCUUCUCCUUGCCCCCUCCUCCCCUAUUCCUCGUUUGUCCUGUCCUUCCCCGUCACCCACUUCCCCGCAUCCCCCCCAUCCCAUGCCACCAGUCGCUGCUAUCAGCACAGAGGCAGAGCUCUCCGCCUCUCUCUACUCCACUGCCCACAUGAACGCUCAGCUAUCACUCGCCGUGCCCCUUCCCCCUCUCCCCUGCCCCCACUACCCCCCACAAUACCUCCCAGUCGCUGUCGCUGCUAUCAGCACAGGAGGCAGAGCUCUCUGCCUCGCUCCGUUCCACUGCUCUCAUGGACGCUCAGCUAUCACUCGCCAUGCCCCUUCCUCCUCCUUCCUCCCUCAAGUCGCCUGCUGCUGUGAGUGGGGCUCCAACCGGAGAUGCGGAUUCUCUCCUCGUAAAGAACCUACUUUUUUCCCUUUCUUCUCCUCAUCUCCCUUCCACAUAUCCUCCCCUCAUCUUCCUUCUCCCGUCCUCCUUCACCGUUUCACCUUCCCCGACCCUUCCCCCUUCAACCUCUUCCCUUCUCCUUUCCCUUCCUUUUUCCCCCUUCCCCCUUCUCGCUUCCCCCUUCCCCCUUCGUUUUUUCCACUCCCCACCCCUUUCAACCCCUGGGAAGAGGUGCUUCUGGCGAGCGUCCCAAUCCCCUCGCAGCAGACCUUCUCUGCUCUUCCCUUCUCUUUUUUCACACGCGAGGCGGAUUGGCAGCAGCAGCAGCAGGAGGGGGAUCAGCAGCAGUGGCAAAACAGAGGAGAUGGGCCACACUCGUACAGCAGUGGGGAUGAUGACGGCAGGAGGGGAGAGGAUGGGGACCAGGACAUUUACAUCAAGAAGGAGGAGAAGAAGAGGGAGGAGGAGGAGAGGGGGCGGGAGGAGGAGGUGGAGGAGGAGGAGGAGGAGGAAGAGGAGGAGGGUGGAAACUGCGGCAGCAGCGGAGGGAGGGGGGAUGAGUUUUUUUACCACGGCAGCAGCAGUCCCAGCAGCACCAGCUGUGGGUCUAGUGCCUUUCCACCACCUGUGUUGGCUGGAGAGGUUGGGCGAGGCAGGAUGGGGGGCUGUGCGGACGAACAGGGGUUUGAAUCGCUGAACCAGAGGUUCUUGAUGCCGAGAAUGCAGGCAGAGGUUGGCAGUGGUAGUGGUAGCGGCAGGGGGAGUGGGAGCGGCAUCGGCAGCGGCAGCGGCAGCGGCAGCGGCAGCGGCAGCGGCAGCGGCAGCGGCAGCGGGAGGGGCACUGGCAGUCACAUGGUUGCUGCAAGUAACAGUCACAUGGGGAGUGGUAGCCUUCUGGGGAAUGGCGUUCCCAUGCAGGGUAGCAGUCACAUGGGAGGGAAGGGGGGAGCACACGAAGGGGAUUAUCACAUGCACCUCGCUGCGAAAACACAUCUGGAGAGCAGCAGGCGCGGAGAACAGGCAUCACCAUACGCUACCCCUCCUGCUGCUGUUGGUGGUGCUGCGGCUCCCGCUGGUGCUGGGGAAUACGACAAUGAUGCUGAUUCUGCCUUUUGGACCGCGCCGGGCUUCUUUGCUGGUGAUACUCCUGCUCUCCCUGCAAGGUCGGCUGCUCUUUCUAUGGCGCCACUCUUCUUUGAUGGUGAUACACCACCAGCAGCAACAGCAGGAGGCGGAGGAGGGGCAGCAGCAGGAGCAGGAGGAGCAAGAGCACCAGGAGUGGUAGGAGCAGGUGGAGAAGUGUCGGACAGUCCAAGUCUGUGUGUGGAGCAGUGGCAGAGAGCGUUGAGUUACACCCAACACGAUGCCACCUCCUUGCUAGGGGACGAUCUUCUCACUGAUGAGGAUGUUCGUUUCCUGCACUCCUCCCCUCUCUCUCACUCCCUCUCUUACUCUCACUCUCAGUCCAACCGCCGCUACUGA